CGCGUUUCUCUUCUUAAUGUGUGAUUAAGAGGCACUGGGAUUUUGCCGAGUCCUACUCCAUCCCUGAACCUCUCAUCAACCUUCAACUUUCCUUUUUUUUUGCUUUUCCUUCAUUAGGUCAAACAAUGAAGGGCUUCUUCUUCCUCACAUUCAUCUUGCUCUUCCACCUGAUCGUUGCAUCUCCGUGGGCGCCCGCUCUUUCGCUCCGGAAGAGGGUCGACUUGAUCAAGAAGACUUGCAAGAAGACGCCGUACCCUGAUCUGUGCAUCUCGUCCUUGAGAUCGCAUCAUAUCCGCUCCGGCGCCACCGUCCACGACCUGGCCAGCAUGAUGCUGAAGUUGACUUUGGCAAACGCGACCGACACAUUGAGUUACAUAGAGGCACUGAUCAAUCAGGCCGAGGACCCGCAGCUGGAGAGGCCGUUAGACUAUUGCGCUGAGCUGUACAUACCGGUCGUGAAGUACACGCUUCCUCAGGCCAUCGUUGCCUUCAACAAGACUCAAUAUGGAUUCGCGGAGUAUGGGGUGUCGGAUGCAGGAGACCAGGCCGACACAUGCGAGAAUGACUUCUCCAAAUCGAAGGUGUCGUCACCGUUGGGCAAUAGGAAUAAGCUCGUGAGCGAGCUGUGCGACGUGGCCGUGGCUAUUAUCAAGAUGUUGCAGUAAGAUUAAAAUAAGUCUCUAUUGAUGAUCUCUCCUGCAACAUUCUUUAGAGAAGAUGAUGAAACCUGGUACUUCGAGUGAAUGGUCUAAUUUAGAUGAUGAGGAUGAGGUCGUGCUAGGAAGAAACAUAUAAUCUUGCUUUAUAGAUGUGAUCACGAUAUAGCUUACAUACAUAGGUACUCAUGAAAAUGUUUGAUGUCAUCUCUCUCUCUCUCUCUCUCUCUCUCCCCCCCCAUUUUCGACUGAUCUUCUCAUGUCCAAUUCUUCGGAGAUCUUCAAUAAACAAAAGAAAUGGAAUAGACGUUUCCAUAUCGACAAAAUGCUUAUGCUUCAA